CGUGCGCAGACUCAGAAAGGCGGAGAACUCGGCUGAGUGUUGGCUACUCGGAGCUGCUGGAUCGGUCCGAGAUGGCAGAGGUGGAGGAAACACUCAAGAGACUGCAGAGCCAGAAAGGCGUGCAGGGGAUCAUCGUGGUGAACACAGAAGGCAUCCCCAUCAAGAGCACCAUGGACAACGCCACCACGACACAGUACGCCAACCUCAUGCACAACUUCAUCUUAAAGGCACGGAGCACUGUGCGUGAAAUCGACCCCCAGAAUGACUUAACCUUCCUUCGAAUUCGUUCCAAGAAAAACGAAAUUAUGGUGGCACCAGAUAAAGACUAUUUCCUGAUUGUGAUUCAGAAUCCAACUGAAUAGGCCACUGUUUUGGCUUCCUGUGUCAUUCCUUAAUUUGAUGCCCCUAAGAAUAAGUGUUAAUCAUGUCAGUGGACACAUGGUGGUCACCUGAGAGCCCACGUAGGCCAUGCAUUGAUGAAGGGCAGCUCUGCCCUCUCCACCAAGGAGUGCCUGAUGAUCCAGUCAGUUCCCAGGAGAGCCCAAUUAUCAUUUCCAGGCCGACACCCAGUUUCCUUCUGACCUUCGGCUCAAUUUGUGACCCUCGGAAAGCCCGUUUUUUUCUUUAACUAAAAAUAACUUCAAACCCCA